UGUGUAUGUAAAAAUACUUGGAAAGGGCCAGAGCAUAAAGAAUUUAAAAACCAAACAGGAUUUUGUAUUUGAUCCUAGAGGGAGCAGUGAGCCAUUGACAAUAAGGGAAGUAACAUUUUUAGAUGAUGAUUGCUUUGGCAGCCAAGGGAAGGGUUGGACUGGAGAUUUGAGGCAGGGAAACCCACCACCAUCAGGUUAUUGCAAUAAUACAUUUGUGAGGUAAUAAAGGCAUGUCCUAGAAUGGUGACCAUGUGAGUGGAGGAGAUGAAUAUGUAGAUGUAUUAUGUGGAAAAUGUUGUAAAGGUAGAAACAGCAGAAUUUUGUGACAGAUUGGAUCGUGUGGCAAGAGUGAAUGAGAUAUCUAAGCCAUAGACCUUUUGUAUGGGGGUAUUUACUGCUUUAUGUGUCAGGAUUACAUAUACGACAAAGACAUGGAACAAAUUGCCAAAGAAGAACAACGGAAAGCUUGGAAAUUACAAGCCUUCACCCCAACAGUGGUUUCUCACUACCAGUGUACAAUGACAGGCAUUGGAGAGAAGUAUUCAACUUGGGAGCCAACCAAACGGGAGCUAGAACUGCUUCGACAUAAUCCGAAGCGGAGAAAAAUAACCACAAAUUGUACUAUAGGUCUACGAGGGCUAAUCAAUCUUGGGAACACGUGUUUUAUGAACUGUAUUGUCCAAGCACUUACCCACACUCCACUACUGCGAGAUUUCUUCCUUUCUGACAGGCACAAAUGUGAAAUGCAAAGUCCCAGCUCAUGUCUGGUUUGUGAAAUGUCUACGCUUUUUCAGGAGUUUUACUCUGGGCACCGAUCUCCUCACAUUCCAUAUAGGUUAUUGCACCUGGUAUGGACUCAUGCACGACAUUUAGCAGGGUACGAGCAACAGGAUGCACACGAGUUCCUCAUUGCUGCAUUAGAUGUGCUACACAGACACUGCAAAGGUGACGAUAAUGGGAAGAAAGCCAACAACCCCAAUCACUGUAACUGCAUCAUCGACCAAAUCUUCACAGGCGGACUGCAGUCAGACGUCACCUGUCAAGUCUGCCAUGGUGUUUCUACAACGAUAGAUCCUUUCUGGGACAUCAGUUUAGACUUGCCUGGAUCUUCAACUCCAUUCUGGCCACUUAGUCCAGGGAGCGAUGGCAGCGUGGUAAAUGGGGAAAGCCAUGUAUCCGGAACCACCACACUCACAGACUGCUUGCGAAGGUUUACAAGGCCAGAGCACUUAGGAAGCAGUGCCAAAAUCAAAUGUAGUGGUUGCCAUAGCUACCAGGAAUCUACCAAACAACUCACUAUGAAGAAAUUACCCAUUGUGGCCUGUUUUCAUCUCAAACGGUUUGAACACUCAGCCAAACUGAGGCGAAAGAUCACUACAUAUGUCUCCUUCCCUUUGGAGCUGGACAUGACACCAUUUAUGGCUUCCAGUAAAGAGAGCAGAAUGAAUGGACAGUAUCAACAGCCAACGGAUAGUCUAAACAAUGAUAAUAAGUAUUCCUUGUUUGCAGUAGUUAAUCACCAAGGAACCUUGGAGAGCGGGCACUAUACCAGCUUCAUUCGGCAACACAAGGACCAGUGGUUCAAAUGUGAUGAUGCCAUCAUCACUAAGGCUAGCAUUAAGGAUGUUCUAGACAGUGAAGGGUACUUACUGUUCUAUCACAAACAGUUCCUGGAGUAUGAGUAGCCUUAUCCAAAAGUUCUCCAGAAAAGUGAAAGGAAUUCAGCAAGCCUUCGGCAAUGACAUGCAGACCUACCUGAAAUGAAAAAAAUUAAGCCCAUACAACAACAAGAACAACAAGCAACAACAAGCACUGAGCUGUGUACUAGGACCUACUUGAUUACCGCUCAUGGGCCUGUCGGAAGAAAAAAUGAACAAUAUCCGACAUCCACAUGGUCUUGAAUGAACAGAAGGGGGGGAGGGGGAAAGAGGCUAAAGUCAAGUCUCAUAAAGAGGAAAACAAAAUAAAAGGAAUGUUCUGGGUGGGGGAAAUGGGAGCAGAGGAGUUCUGACACUGGUACAUCUCCAAUGUUCCUUUAAAAAAAAUAAAAAUAAAAAGGUGGGAAGGCGGGGAUAUACCCUCAUCUCCAUUAAGCAUCUUCUCCAUUGGUGCUUCAGCUCCAACUGACCAAUCAUAUAACAGUUAUAAGUUUAAAAAAAAAAAGGUUUAAAAAAUCCAAACCCAUUUUUUUUUAAUGCAUAUGGGUCUGAAAGCAGUAAAGUGGAGGAGACAGGGAUGACACAACAAAAAAAGGACUUUGCAAGUAUCUUUUUAUUUGUGAAUUUUAGUUAUUAAAUAAAUACAGUAUGAAACUA